CAGUUACAAGUUAUCUUGUGUUUGUCUUUAUAUAUACACACAUUUUAUCACUAUACAUACAUUAAAAUUUGUUGAAUGACGAAUCUCAGCUAAGCAAUUAAUUAACCUUGUUUCUCGUGUUUUCUUCACAACUUUCAUUAAAAAGUUCACAUGAGUUGCUCUCCUGAACAUGUGAAAGCUCUAGCUAGUUUCUUUCAUCUGCGAUCAUACGCGUAUUUAUAUUAUCUAUAGCACUUUGAUCUUCAUCUUCAUUUAUGCUUUAAUCUCUAUUCUUUUUCUUACUACUCUCAGUUCUAUAUGUAGCUAAUAAGGUCAACUUCUUAUAUUCUACUAUACAAUCUCUUUUUCAUAUCUGAUCUCUCUUUGAUCCAAACAUAUGAUUACCCCAGCUGAACAAGAAAUUGAAGUUUUUAGCAGGCCACAGCCGACUAACGUGUUUCCAACUGCAAACAGAUCAGAAAACAUCGUCGUGCAUGCUGAGCCACCGGUUUCUGCAAGUAAUGAUGUAAACCCAUGUCUGGAUGAUUCUCAACAAAUGCGAGAAACACCAGGCCGUUGCUCUAUUUUACGUGAAUCACUGCGCCCUGUAACGCUCAAGUUUGAAGAAGUGGGUUACAGUAUUAAGGUUGUUAACACCGAUAGAAAUUGGUGGAGAUCAGCUGAGGCCAAACCCGAUAAGAUCAUUCUCGGUGGUGUAACUGGGGUAGUUAGACCUGGGGAGUUACUUGCCAUGCUCGGUCCAUCAGGCAGUGGUAAAACAACUCUUCUCACUGCCCUAGCGGGUAGACUACCAGGGAAGAUUUCAGGAACCAUAACAUACAAUGGGCAGCCAUUUUCCGGGUACUUAAAACGGAAAACAGGUUUCGUAACACAAGACGACGUUCUGUAUCCUCAUCUUACUGUAAUAGAGACGUUAACUUAUACAGCAUUGCUAAGGCUACCAAGUAAGUUAACCAAACAAGAGAAGAUUGAACAAGCUGAACUAGUUAUAAUGGAACUAGGAUUAACGAGAUGUAGUAGUAGUAUCGUCGGUGGUGGUCUUUUGCGUGGCAUAUCAGGUGGUGAAAGAAAACGGGUUAGUAUCGGGCAAGAAAUGUUGGUAAACCCGAGCCUCCUGUUACUAGAUGAACCAACAUCAGGACUUGAUUCAACUACCGCUCAACGAAUUGUGGCUACAUUACGAGGAUUAGCUAAGGGAGGAAGAACCGUGGUUACAACAAUCCAUCAACCAUCAAGCCGGUUGUAUAAAAUGUUCGAUAAGGUCGUGGUUUUAUCGGAUGGAUUCCCAAUUUAUAGCGGUAAUGCUGGUCGGGCUAUGGAAUAUUUCGGGUCUAUUGGUUUUAAGCCCGGUGAUGACCUUAUUAAUCCGGCUGAUUUCUUUCUCGAUCUUGCCAAUGGUGUGACAUCUGAUGUGAAACAAUAUAGUCAGCAAGAGAAUCACUGUCAAGCAACACAAAAUGAUAGAAGUUCAACUAAACAAAUUCUAAUAGCUUCGUACAAGCAAAACUUGCAUGAAUUUUUAAAGGCUGAGACGGCUAAAGAAAAUCAUAGGGAUCAGAAAGUUUCAGGGCAAAUAAAAUCGUCUAGCCGAAGUUUAGAGAAGCAGUGGACUUCAUCUUGGUGGGAACAAUUCAGGGUUUUGUUGGAAAGAGGUUUAAAAGAAAGGAAACAUGAAUCUUAUUCAGGGUUAAGGAUAUUCCAAGUGAUGUCUGUUUCAAUUCUUGCGGGUCUUUUAUGGUGGCAUUCUGAUCCUUCACACGUACAAGAUCAGGUUGGACUUCUCUUUUUCUUCUCAAUAUUCUGGGGUUUCUUCCCAUUAUUCAACGCAAUAUUUACAUUCCCACAGGAACGACCAAUGCUAAUUAAAGAACGUUCAUCCGGAAUGUACCGUCUUUCCUCUUAUUUUUUUGCGAGAAUCGCUGGUGACUUGCCAAUGGAACUUGUUCUUCCAACAAUAUUUGUAGCCAUUACAUAUUGGAUGGGAGGUUUAAAACCUUCACCUCUGAACUUCAUACUAACUCUAUUCAUCAUUCUCUUCAACGUCUUAGUCUCACAAGGUUUAGGGUUAGCUCUUGGUGCAAUUCUAAUGGACGUGAAACAAGCAACCACAUUAGCCUCUGUGACAAUGCUCGUUUUUCUACUAGCGGGUGGAUAUUACAUCCAACAUAUUCCUCGUUUUAUAGCUUGGUUGAAGUAUACUUCGUUUAGUUAUUAUUGUUACAAGCUUCUUAUUGGAGUACAAUAUACCGACAAAGAUGUUUAUGAAUGUGGAUUUGGUAAACAAUGCAAGGUUUUGAAGUUUCCACCUAUAGAACAUCUAGGUUUAAGUUGCAAAGGUUGGGAUGUAUUUGCUUUGGUUCUUAUGUUAGUUGGUUAUCGACUUCUGGCUUAUUUAGCUUUGAAGAACGGCUUACCUCGUUGAUCAACCUGCACAUUUACUAAACUAAUGCUAUUUUAGUAUUUUGGAAAAAUAAUUUACAAUUCUUGUAACAUAAUGGAACUUAAAAUAGUCUCUCGAACAAUAUAUAUUGAAAAAUGCCAACAA